AGUCACUCUACUCAGUACAUAUACAUAACUAUUCACUCACUAUGAGGAAAGCCUUUGCCAAAAAAGUAGCAAACUCCUUUACCAGAAGCAAGACGUUUCGAUCCACUGCAGAGGCAUCCGCAGGGUCCUCCGCUUCGGUCGCCGAUGUCUCUCAGUCAAACCACUCCGCCGCUGCAUCCCACAACCUCCGCGAGGUGUCGGUCCGAUUAGAUGACUAUCUCGAGCGAGUAGAUUUAUCAGGUAAUUUGAUUCACCCUCGAUUUCUCCAGGGAGGAAUGCGCUCGACUAAAUUUCCCUAGCCGGUGAGGUUGAAAUCGAUGUCGUCUCUAUGAGCCGGCAGAUUGAAAAGGUCCAGAGCUACCAGAAUGGCUUGCUACCGGAUUCUGUGGGACCUAUCCCGAUAAGCGAAAGGGAACUCAGCCUCAUCAAGCUGGGGGCCUGGAGCGCAAAGGCUGUGUACGGUCCCGGGCGUGUGGGCGAGGUCGAUGCUCCAGAGGAGUUCUCGGAUUACCAGCCCACCGCGUACAGACAGGAUAUCGGUGCCUCUUUGCUCGAUGGUACGGUCAAAGCGACAUGCGUGCAGUUGUUCUCGUCGCAUGCGGAAAAGGUUGCUCCUAAGCUGCUCGUGAUUGCCAUCAGAGGCUCAACCUCCAAACGAAAGGACUGGACGGUCAACUUUGACGAUAUGGGGACCGGGACGGACGGCGAUGGGUUUAUUAACUCGGAGACCCGUUCGUUUCAAGUUCAUGGCGGUUUCCUAGCGUGCGCCAAAGCCAUGGCCGACAAAGUCUCGGGGGCUGUCUCAUCAGUCCUUUCUGACGCUGAAAAAGAAGAGCCAGCAACAGAGAUCCAGCUGCUGUUUACGGGCCAUUCGGCCGGCGGCGCUGUUGCAUCAUUACUAUAUGCCCACAUGAUGUCGAAGAACAGCUCGCCAUUAACAGAUUUAUCGUCCAAAUUCCGAUCUAUCGAUUGCGUCGUCUUUGGCUCCCCCCCCGUAAGCAAGCCAGGUCUCGACACCUACGGAACGGAGCACUCGACCUUUCUCUCUAUCAUCAACGAAGGCGAUCCCGUCCCACGCAUAGACAAGGACUACAUCGAGACGCUCCUCCUCCUUUACAUAUCCCCGAUGCCAGCUUUCCCCGUUCAUCGUGACCUGCCCCCAAUGCGGUUGGAUACUGCCGGGACGAUUUUAUUUCUCAAGGAUGGUCAGCCGGGGUUUUGUGCGGUCGCAGAAGACGACAGUCAGAAAGGGAUUAAGAAUGUGUUGGCGACCACUAUCUUUGGGAACCCAAGAGCACACAAGAUGGAUAUUUACCUGGUGAAACUUGGGCUUGUGAGUAUUAUUAUCUAGGUAUGUCUUUCGGUUGGAGUUCUCUGCUCAAUUUUAGCCUUUUUUGUCCACGUUUAUAUAUAGUAUCUAUCUCUGUAUACCUCUGUGGUGUAGUUGGUUUGAUUAGUUAUUUUUAGGCCUUUCGAGUCAGCCUACAAUUUGCUCAUUUCCAGACUUAAUAUCUAGAUACCUCACCAUUAAAUGAGAUAUUCUCAGGGCUGAAACCGAAUCC